UAUUUACUUAUUUAUUUACUUAUUUAUUUAUUUUUUGCGCUUAGUUUUGCUCUCCGCUCCAACUAAGUGAACGCCUGGAAGAGGCUCUCCAUAACUGCUUUACUGGGUCCCAGUCCUACACUUUGAAAAAUCAUCCGAGUAACCUCGCCUGUUACCGCGCCUCAGACAAAGUGUUGUCACUGCAUUCUCUCUCGUCAUUCCUCCCUGAGUUAAUUAUUUGGUUCUAGUUGUUUUAGGGCAGUUAUCAGUUGAAAUCUAUACUCGUCUUAGAAGUUUUGAAUGAAGAAUUCUAUUACGCUAUAAACUUACAAUGGAAACUAUUACGUUGAACAAUGGUCGAUCGAUUCCAACCGUAGGACUCGGGACAUGGAAAAGCAAGCCGGGCGAGGUCGCCAAUGCUGUGAAGACGGCGAUCCAGGCAGGAUACAGACAUAUCGAUUGUGCAGCAGUGUAUGGUAAUGAAAAGGAAGUAGGAGAGGCUCUUAAGUCUUGCAUUGGAUCUACGGUCAGUAGGGAAGAUUUGUUUAUCACAUCUAAACUAUGGAAUACAAAACACAACCCCAGUGAUGUGCGUCCUGCUUUGAUGGACACUCUUGCUGACCUGGGACUGGAUUAUCUUGAUCUGUACCUCAUUCACUGGCCUAUUGCUUUAAAAGAUGGUGAUGAGCGGUUCCCUAAGGAUGAUGGAGGCAAGCUGAUCUAUGCUUAUCAUGAUCCAUGUGACACUUGGCAAGCUAUGGAGGCACUUGUGAAUGACGGGCUUGUCAGAGCAAUUGGUAAUAUUUUAGUUUAUUUUUCCUGCAAAAUAUAUGCAUGUAAUAAUUUCCCCCCGUACAGAAACGUGUUGAUGACCUGCAAAGGAAGCAAAAAAAAUAUUUUGUGGUNGACAGCAUACAGUCCUCUGGGAUCACCUGAUCGUCCUUGGGCAAAGCCAGGAGAACCUACACUGAUGGAUGAUCCCAAGAUGCUGGAGAUUGCUAAUAAAUAUGGCAAGUCCCCCGCCCAGGUCUGCAUCCGUUUUCAAGUACAGAGGGGUGUUUCUGUUAUACCCAAGAGUGUUACACCUGCUCGCAUUGAAAGCAACUUUGAGGUUUUUGAUUUUGAACUCUCUGAUGAUGACAUGAAGGUUAUUGAAUCGUUUAACAAACCUUGGAGAGCGUGCAUUCCUAUGAUAGAGGAGAAUGGCAAGAAAGUUCCUCGAGAUGGCCAUCAUCCUCAUUUUCCUUUCCAUAUUCCAUAUUAAUAUAAUGAACUGAGGUUUUACUGCCAUUUGUAUUUAUGUGAUGAUAGCAAAAUAAUAGUUUAGGUUUUCUUUCAAAAAUUCACAGUGUAGAAUGCUGUACCAAUAUAAUUAUUCUUGAAUCUAUGUAGAGAAUUACAAUUGCAUGAAGUUGUGCUAAUUUAAAUUUUAUAGUUUUGUAAGGAAUUCGUGUACACUUUUUUCAGUUUAAAUUAAGCCAUCACUUCACUCAUUUUACAUUUUUGCUUGAACUUGAUUGUUUUGGGGGAAUGAUAUUUUGGGUGAUGAUUCAAGUGGUUUUAACCAUCUUUCAACCUCCUCAGGAAAAAAUCAAGAAUCACAAGAAAGUAAAAUUCAUUGUUUCCUACAACACCACUUGUCAUAAAUGGUUGAAAUGGGAUAAAAAUCGGUGAAACGUUAUGGGGAAACUUGUUUGCCUUGAAACUAGUCCCGUGGAAGUGGCAACUAAUUUCAGAAGACAACACAAUUAAACAAACUGAAUUGAAUUAUUUGGUGACUACGUAUUUACCAAUACAAUUUGCUAAUAAAGGAUGUAGAAUAAAGUUGGCAUGAAUUUUUUCCAAGUACAAAUUUCUGAACCUUUAUCUAUAUUUUUGAUCUCCAGUCUUUCUCCUCUCACACGAAUAGCUGCAACUGAAACUUUAUUUGCAGAGAUUCAAUGAAUAGGUUCAAACUCGGGGACAGACGGUAUGUAUUGAUGGACGAAAGUGGCAGAAAAUGUAGGGUUAUGUGGCUCGGCGAAACAAAACUAAAAAGUAGGUAGCCACACGCACUACCUACACACUGCUUCCAGUGAUUCGUCGCCGCAAGAAAACAAAAAUCCUUAUUGGAGUUGAGGCUUAGUUCUCUAGUUGAAACGCUGAAAAAGGAUCUGGUGCGAGUGCAACCUCGUUUUCAGGGAAAAGGUCAUAGCGAGUGUUGGAAUGGAGGGAAAAACAGGCUGUUUUCCUACGCAGGGACAUUGUUUGUAGUUUCCUUUUUCGGGAGAUCCUCAAAAUUCAAGUAAAUUUUGAAACCGAGACUUUGUAAGAAUGUUUUUCAGAUUUGCGGCAGAGAAGGUUUUUUAGAGCAGGUGCCCUCAAAUAUUUGCAUAAACGUGUGGAAACAAUUUAUUAAGAAACCACACCUACUUUUGCAUUGAAAAAUUGUUUAUCUAAAAAAUUCUUACUUUAGUUGUUACUUGAUAAAACAAAAAUCUGGGAAGUCAGUCAGUUGAAGUUAGAGUACAAGUUGUUAAAAUUCUAUUGUCAAUGAAUCGCGACCAAUGGAAGAAACGAAUAAAGAUUUAUUUAAAAGUA